AUGGUGGUUGAACCGAAUUCCUCCUUCAAUAAAAUCCUCCAACUCCAAACAUGCAACGCUUCUAUGGAUAUAGAUCUCAUUGGGCUUUCAAAGAAUAAUAAAGGAUCAGCUGCUGUGGCCUUCAUGAGUUUCACCGACAUGGCAGACAUUCUGAAACCUAGCUUCUUCAACACAGCUGCCAACACAUGGAAAACGCUGGUCUCUAUUGUGGUGUUAGCGACACUUCCCAAAACCACUAACAAACACCUCACCACACCAGUCAACGUCACCUUCACACACACUGAUGAGUUAGAUCCUGAAGCUAAACUCUCCUGUGUGUACUGGAAGGAAAGUGAAUGGGUUGAAGAUGGCUGUGCUGUUACACAGACUAACAGCACUCAUACUGUGUGCUCCUGUGACCACCUGUCAGUGUUUGCUCUCAUCAUGGAGAUUGUUCCAUGUAAGACACUAUUUGGAGCCACUGUGUCCCUGCACUGUAACCGUGUGUUGAACAUGUCCAUUGCUCAGGUAGUGGGAAUUUUCUUCCUGACCUUGUGUCUACUGACAUUUUCUUUUUGCUGUCGGAACCCAAAUGAAACCAACACAGCUCUGAUAAACCUGUGUUUAAACCUCCUGCUGUUCCACCUUGUCGACCUGCUCAAAAAUCUUUUCCAACCGCAUCUACAACCCCCGGUGAGUGUUGUACACAGCUUUAGCAGGUCAAAAUCAAUACCUGGAUACUUUCUCGCCAUUUUUUUUCUCUCUCUUUCCAGCAAGCAUGUGCAGUCGUGAAUGGUAUCCGAUGGUUCUUCUUUAUCUCUUCUUUUGUGUGGAUGUUCAUUGAGACUGUGCUGCUCUUCCUACUUGUGAAGAACCUGGUAAAGGUCAGAUCAAACCAGAGGGAGGUGCUUAGCUUGAAAUGGUUAAAUAUGAUUGGAUACCUCAUUCCCCUGGUUGUGGUCCUCAUGUGUGCACUAGCCAUUCCACAAAAAAAGUCCAUUAAUGAAAAAUGCUGGGGAACUCAUGAUAUAGACACGAUCUUUGACAUUCCUGUACUUUUCAUUGUUGCAGUGAGUACUACAGACUUCUUUACAGCAAAACAUAUAAACCAUGAAACGUCUUAUUCAGUGAAGCAAAAUAAUAUUGUUUUUUGAAGAUAAAAUUAAGAGUUUAAACCACAUAUGUAUGCUGGUCUGGGCCAAUAGCAAAAAUGAAACUUUGAGUCAAAUGGUUUAA